AAAAAAGGCCACCUUCUCAACGCAGAACGAAAGCCAGAUCCCCCAAAAAUGACAGAUCUUACACCUGUUUUCCGUGAGAUCCUGUCUCGUAAACCCAGAUCCACAGAGUCUGCACCGACUGCAGCAGAAUCCCCAUCUAAUGUCGCAUUCAAGUCUGCGCCAGGAGGAGCUCGUGUACAUUUACCCUCCGCGGAGACAGCAGAUGAGUUUCUGAAGGAGGCAUAUCGAAUUAACUCCCACAUCAAUUCCCUCCUCUCCUACCUCCAUUCAAUCCGGCAUUCGUACCUCUCCAUAACCCGCCCAAAAUCCUACCACCGUCGCGGAACAUCGACAGGAUCAGGCUCUAUAUCAUCCCUCCACGGAGGGCACGGACACGGUCACGGAAAUGUAAAUGUAAACGUCCAACCAAAACAACACCUAACCGACCAAGAGCGCGACUCAAUCGACUCCUCCACCGCCCUUCUCCUCCGCGACCUCUCCUCCUCCAUCGAGACCCUCUCCUCCGCCGAGUCGCUCCGGCAGGAGACGGAAGCGACCCUCCUCCGCAAAAAAUACGGGUACACGAAGAACCUGCUGUGGCGGUGGGCUGGGGGGGCGGGUGCGUCGUCGUCAACAUCUCCGAGGGCGACUCCCGAGCAGGUGCAGGAUGAGGAGGUUGCGAGGACGAUAAGUACGUUCCGGGAGGGGGUGGUGUGGUUUUUGCGGAGGGGGUUGGAGAGGGCAAUGAAGCUGCAGGGGGGGAUGGUGGAGAGGAGGAUUGAGAGGGCUAGGGAGAGGGAGAAGAGUGUUUUGUAUAUGAAUCGGGGGGGCUCUGCUGGGGAUUUUUAUGGUGGUUCUGCUGCUACUACCGCUACUGCCACCACUUUGAGUGCUGCUGCUGCUGCUACCGAUUCAGCAUUGAGUCGGGGCGACAUUGCGAAUAUCGAAUCGCAACUUUCUCCCGAACAGCUACAGCUGUUUGCCGAGGAGAAUGAUAUCAUGUUGAGGCAGUAUGAGGAUACCUUGGGUAAAGUGCAGAAUGCCGAAAAAUCACUUCUGGAAAUCGCCUCCCUCCAACAGACCCUAGUCGCCCAUCUAGCCACCCAAGAAGACUAUAUUGGACAGCUCGUUGCCGAUGCAGUGACCAUGGAGACUAAUAUCAGUCGGGGGAAUAAGGAGCUGCGGCGCGCGUCGGAGAGACGGAGUACUGCGCAGGCUGUCUUUUGGGGGACAGUGGGAUUGUGUACGUGGUUGGUGUUUUGGGAUCUUGUUUUUUAGGGCUAUUUCGGAGCAUUUUAUUUUAUUGUGGACAGUGCAUGAGUCCGAGUCCGUUCUGGUAUCUUGAACCCUGGUAAACUCAACUGCCAUUACUUGCCUCGGG